AUGUACCGAAAAAUAAACCGUAAAUUGUCAUCUCCCGCCAAGAAGCGUCGCUUAUCUCGGCAAGAUGCCCAUAUCUCUGACACUCCACAAGCCAGUUUUGACACGGCGAUUUUCAUUUUUGACCCCAAAAAAGAUAAAAAGGAACCACCGAAGCAGAAAGAAAUCAGGCCCGAGAGCUAUCUCGCCCGUCGCCGGGACAGUUACAGAGUCAUUUCUUACCAACACUCUCAUAAUGUCAGCCACGAGAAAUACCAAACUGAAGUGUCUCUCAAUGUCGGAAAAAGUGGCAUGUCGAAGCCGCUCUUCAAGAGACAAAGUCUCUCAUCUAUGGGCACCAAGCAGCGAAUACAUUCCGAUCUUCUCGAGUCAUCAUCUAAGCCUAUUCUUACCGGCUCGCAUUCUGUAAAUCGUGCUCCUCCUCCUUUCAAGCGCCAGGAAUCUACCCUUUCCAGGACUGUUCAGCAAACGAAAGCGCUCAUGCGCCGGAAAACAGAAGUUCUGAUCCACGACUCUACGGUCGAAGGCGAAAAUGUGGAAGACAAGUUUCGACAGUUGACGCUCAAGCGUAUGCAAACACGCGGACGGCUCAUUGGAGCGCUCCUAGGUCCCGUCAAGAAAGAACGACUUGACGAGUUCAGAGGAGGCCCGAGUACUGAUCAGUACUACCCACCUCAGCAUGAUCCUUCUUCUCGCGGCCCAACCUUCCGCGACCCGAGCCAACUUGAGCCAGACACUCUUCCAAGCGGCAGGACUCAUGCUGACUCCAUCUCCGUUCCUUUCAACCGCCAGACCACCACUCAUACAACGGCCAGUAAAUUCUAUCGCAAUGAUACUCUCGGCCAGUCAGGCCUGUUUAUGAGACCGCCAAUUCGGCAAUCCGGUCAAUCGGAAAUAUCCGCCGCUGGCGCAAUGAACCAACCCUAUGGAAAGGAAUCUGUUGCUGCCAUCGGUUGGAAAGCGCUGAAGGCGACGAUUUCUGGCGUCUCAGUUAUAAAACAGCUCAUUCCACAACCGGACGACGAGGAUGAAGAUCAUGAUGUUUUCCGACCAUCGGAGGGGACGAUCGACCACAGAGACGAUGGAAUGGGAUUGAGUUUCGGCCCCGGAGAAGGAACGAUCUCAGAGCAACCAGAACCCGAUUCACGAGAGCUUGAUGAUGAGGACGACUUGGAUGAGGAAGAUGACCAAGUUGCAGACACUCUUCUCGAUCAUCCCGACCCCGUCGUGCAGCCAACCCGACAGAGUAUGCGCAGGCCAACUUUAGGCGAACUCUCCGGAAUGAAAAAAGAACAACUAGGUCGAAAAGUUUCAAUUCAAGUAAACGAGCCACUGCCUGUCUCGCCUCAUCCUCAUACAGACCAGCCGAAGCCAAAGAUGAAGAGAUUAAUGUCGCAAGUUUUCUCGAGAAGGGAUAAGAGAUAUCCAGGCUUGGGAUUUGUUUCGAGAUGCAUGGGUAGAGCGAGAAAGUCAAGAGUCGACAGCCAAGUGAAGCAACAACUCGAUGAGUGGCAGGACCACAGGCCGUUCUUUACUUGGUACGUCUCAAGUGUGCAGGUUAUGGUUCUACUUGUGGGAAUCGCAUCUUUUGGCGUGGCGAGUUUCGGUUUAGAAGAUGAACAUGCUCAAGAGACAGUCGAGUAUCAAUUUUCGCCGAAAAAUAUCAAACUUGUUAAAAAACGAAACUUCUACUUUGGACCUAAAUUCGCAGAUCUCAUCAGACUAGGCGCAAAAUAUGCACCUUGUAUGAGAAGGGAUCGGAAAAUCAUGGACAUCAUCGGUUGCGAGCAGCAGAAAGAACAACAAACUGCUUGUUGCAAAUAUGGAAACAAAUGUAUUCAAGCCUCGAAAGCCGAAUGCGACCACCACAUGUACCAGUUCAUGACGUUGAAUGAUUCUACUUGGAUGGGCUCGACCGGGGGUAACAACAACUGGCACUCGGCUUAUCAGGAAUUCAAAACCGGCUCUGUUUGUGGACUUGACCCAUUUUUCUGCGACGAAACCCAUACCGAAGUUCUGUUCAACCUGGAAUUCGAAAAAGACAAAAACGAAAGCUUUUCCCGGAGACACACACCAAAAUGGAGAAGCGGCACUCCGGAUGAUAUCACUCGCUGGCCGAAAUGCUCCGCCUCGCCCGAGAAAAUGCUCGAAAUCGGAAGGAAAAAUAGCCGCGACGCUCCACCAUGGAUGACCUGUAAUGUCAACGCUAGACCCUGUUGCAUUGGUACUGAAGGACAAUGCAAGAUUGUGUCGAAAGAAUACUGCGAUACAAUGGAGGGAAAAUGGCAUGGGGAUGCAUUUUUAUGUUCCCAAGUCGAUUGUUUGAAGGACACAUGUGGGCUGAUUCCUUUCCUGACUCCCUUCGUUCCCGAUCAAAUUUAUCGACUUCAUUUGUCACUUUUCAUCCACGCUGGAAUUCUUCAUCUUUGCAUAACUCUCUUCUUCCAGAUGGUGGUGCUACGAGAUUUGGAAAAACUAGCAGGCUGGUGGAGAAUAGCGUUGAUUUACAUUCUCUCUGGCAUGGUUGGAAAUCUUGCGUCUGCGAUUUUCGUUCCCUACAAACCUGAUGUUGGACCAAGUGGCGCGCAAUAUGGACUUAUUGCGUGCCUCUUUGUCGAGUUCAUCCAAAGCUGGCAGCUCUUGGAUCAACCCUGGCAUGCAGUUUUGAAACUCGCCGUUAUCGCAAUUUUCCUGUUUUUAUUCGGACUCUUGCCGUGGGUUGACAACUACGCUCAUAUCUUUGGCUUCAUUUCCGGCAUUCUUCUGUCCUUUGCUCUUUUGCCCUACAUUGUUUUCGGAAAAUUCGACCAAGGACGAAAGAUGUUCCAAGCUUUGACCUCCAUUGCUGCCUGGCUAGCGAUGACAGUCGUUUUGCUGAUAGUGUUUUACUACUCUGAUUUUGAAGUGGAAAACGCAUCGCUACUGACGUGUAUUUCUCUUGUCGGCGAUCAACAAGAUGAGACUUCAAUCAACUUCUGCAAAGAGCACCUCAACAAGCCCGUACGGUACGACGAGUUCUGGGAAGUCCACGACGAACAGACGUGGAUCAACGAAAGACGCUGCGUUUUAAAGAACCCUUGA